AAUCUCAUAAUCAAUUUAGCAUAUAUUUAACCAUGAUGUCACCUCUAUUCACCUUUCAAUAACAGAUAAUUGAAAGAAAUGCACGUAACAUUUCAUAAAGUGAGUUUUUUAGUCUCACCAACUAAAAUCAAACCCUAAUCAUAUAAUCAAUUUAUGAGAUGCUCAACCAUCAUGUCACCUCUAUUCACCUUUCCAUCACGGAUUACGAUUAGGCCCACAAAUUAAAAUUGCUUGCAAAUCAGCGGGUCGGCCGACAGAACCCGGCCCUAACCCGAGCUUGUUACCCACCCGACUCGAUGAUCCACUUUGCUGAAAUUUGGAUCUUUUUCUAACCCGGAUCCCGGAGGCGGAAAACCAAGUGCGAGAUGCAGCUGAGAUCCAUUCCCCCGCUCGAAACUGUAAAACCUCAGUAAACCCUUCCCAUCGUUCCGCCCUCCAAAAACUCUCCGGCCACCGCCGUCGUCGAUUCAAACAAUGAUCACCAGAAGCCGGGGACUGCUAUCUUCUCUCCUCUCAUCGACAUCCCUUCUCGCCAACGCGAAACCCACUUCGAGUCCAAUCCCAUUCCCGCCAUUUCAAUCCUUUCAACGCCCAUCCUUCUUCCAUGGCGCUAAUGGGGCAUCUGGGUUUCUGGGUUCCCAUCGAAAUUACAGCUUGUUGAGCUUGAAUGACUUGAGGGACAACAUACCCAGGAAGCAGAAGACCAGAAAGGGGCGCGGGAUUGGGUCAGGGAAGGGGAAGACUGCUGGGAGAGGUCACAAGGGACAGAAAGCUAGAGGGACUCAUAAGUUUGGAUUCGAAGGUGGGCAGACGCCGAUGCGCCGCCGUCUCCCCAAGAGAGGGUUUAAGAAUCCAUUUAGCCUCACUUUCCAGCCAUGUGGCCUGGGAAAGAUUGCAAGGCUUAUAAAUGCUGGGAAGAUAGAUUCUCAUGAAUUGAUCACAAUGAAGACACUCAAGGAUACUGGAGCCAUAGGAAAGCAGAUAGAAGAUGGAGUAAGACUCAUGGGACGUGGCUGUGAGCACAUUGUAUGGCCGAUCCAUAUAGAGGUGUCAAGGACGACUGUUAGAGCCAAGGCAGCAGUCGAAGCAGCUGGAGGAUCGGUCCGACGGGUGCACUACAACAAGUUGGGGUUGCGAGCACUGCUGAAACCAGAGUGGUUCGAGAAGAAGGGAAGGCUUCUGCCCAGGCCAGCUAGACCUCCUCCAAAGUUGAAGCACAAAGUUGAUAGCAUUGGCCGAUUGCCCGCGCCAACCAAACCAAUCCCAUUUUACAUCGUGGAAAAUGAAGGCGACGAGAAGGUGGUGGGGGCAGAAGAAUCUCCCCAGCUCACUGAUUGAUCAAUCAUCUUUUGGUUCGCUUCUUUUUCUCCCCAUUUUUUGGUUAGGAGAGCUGUUGCUGGAAAUAAUAGCCAUCGUUCACAAAAGCUGCACUUUUUGAUUACUGUGUGUGCCCCUUAGUGAUAACUGAUAAUCAUCCUGGAUGUUUUAGAGAAAAAGGACACUCCAAAGCGUUCGUUUUGCUUCUCAACCAUCCUUUCA